AUGAGCCAAAAGGUGGCUGGCAGAUUUUCUCCAGUUGAGUUGUGCACACUUCUGGUUGCAUGCCUUUGCGCAUGGCAGGUGUCAAUAUUUGCAUUUGCCGGCCUUUGGACCCCUAGAAGAUGUUCCAGAACUCCGCUGCGGGCGGAGCAGGAGGCACCGUCUGUGGGCUUGGAUGUGGGCACAACGAAUUCUGCUGUUGCCGUCCGCGCAGAUGGUCGAUUUGUGGUGAUCCCACCACCAGGUGCGCCUCGGGGACGGCCAACGAUGCCAUCCGUGGUGGCCUUCAAUGCCAGGGGUGACUCCAUUGCUGGGCUCAAGGCAAAUCGCGUCAAAGCAGAUGGUCAGAAGCAAGUGGUGUUCAGAUCAAUGAAGCGUCUUCUUGGUCGGACCUAUGCAGAAGCACAUGAGAUUGGCUUAAGACCCAGUGAUCUUGGAGCCGACCCGGCUGGCUACGCGCAGCAAUUGGUCCGGCUGCUGCUGCCGGGAGGGCAGACCAUUUCGGUGGAGGAGGUUGUUGCAGUCCUCAUCAAGGCUUUGGUGCAAAUUGCUGAGAGAUACCUAGGGCAGCCUGUGAAGCGAGCAGUUCUAGGCGUCCCAGCACGCUGGACCGCCAACCAGAAACGCGCCUUGGAGUAUGCAGCAGAGCUUGCCGGCUUGGAGUCAGUGCGAUUAGUUGCUGAACCAGAACUGGCGGUGCGUGCCUAUGGUAUCAGGACUAGCCCCAAUGCGGACUUCCUCUCAGGCCGGAUUUUUGAUUGUGGCCUGACAAGCUGUGGCAUCAGCAGGUAUUACCAAUAG